AUGACCGCUGCCGCUGCCGCUGCUGUCAACAAGGCCGCCGGGCAGAGGGGAGUAGGCGUCGCCACCGCCGCCGCCGACGGUGCCGACGGGGGGGCCGCGGAGGGCAGCAAGAGCAGCGGCAGUGGGUCGGUGCGAUUGAGGACGUUCGAGGAGAAGCUCAACCAGGGGGAGAAGAAAUGGUGGCCGUGGCUGUACGAGGUGCUGGUGGUGCAGUGGACGGAGGUGCUGGCCACGGCGAGAGGGGGCAUGGAGGAGCCCGGUCGGAGGACGGGGGCCAACUCGGGGUAUCCGUACACGCAGGACACCCUGCCACAGCACACUACCGUGCUGUCGCAGGUGUACACGCCGGUCCUGUUGGCCAUGAUCUUGAAGAGUAUCAGCCUCAGGGUCAUUUACGAGAAGCUUCGCACUCCCGUCAGGCUUGACGACUCCUUCUUGGAGGAGCUGGAGACUCUCGUCGUGCUCGUGACACGCCACAUCAGUGAGGCGAAGACGCUCGGACACGCCGACAUCAUCAACUCCUCCCUGGCCGGGUUCAUCCGAGACCUCUUCGCGGUGGUGCACCCGGCGCACGCAGCGAGACUGUGCGGGUCCUACAUCCGCGUCAUGAGGUCGAGUCAAGACGCCCUGUACGAGGUGCGUUCUUUGUUGUGCAUGGGGGCGACGCAGAGUGCCGUGACGCAGUUUACUCUCGGCUUCCUGCGGCGGCUAGCGAUGUACGACCAUGUCGUAGCGCUCAACUCCCCCCGCCUCAUCCCCUCCGGGGUGAACCGCAAGACAGAGCGCGACCUAGCCCUCUGGUCUUCGAGCACCUCUGGCACCCCUGCGCGGCCGUACAGCAUGCCCAGCGGGGGCUACGGCGUCGGUCUCGGCCUGUCGGGUUCGGCGCUGCGUCCUCGGUUGGGGUCCCUCGAGUUCGACGCCGCGGCGACGGCGACGGACAGCCUGGAGCCGCACUGGCUGUUGGAGCUGUGCAUCCAGGCAUGCAUAUCUGCGACGGACCAUGAGAUUCCCACGGUGCGAAUGUCGGGUUUGGCCCUCUUGAGAGAGCUCCAGGUAUUCCACACGUACGACUACAGGUACCAGGACGGCUAUAGCCGGCAGCGUGUGGCGGCGAUGUACCUGCCCCUUAUCCACCACAUCGCGGCCAAGGUGUCGAAGCUGGACGCGAUGGAUCCCAGAGAACCGGAGAGACGCGAGAUGCUGGCGACGCUGCUGUACGUGCUGCAAGACGCGCCAGAGGCCCUUCUCCGGGAGAUGUGGAAGGACGUUGGCGUUCGGUUCUUCCGCAUGUUCGGGCGGAAGGCGAACGCUGGCGGCAGCGGCAGCUCCAACGGGACCGGCACGCCGUCUCCCGCGGCCCGCCGGGCGUCCUUGAGCUUCUCGUCCGGCACGGGCACAGCAGGCACCUUCUCGUCGGAGUCGCUGGCUUCCGCGUCCGCCUACAGCAACACGCACACGCCGGCGAACCGCACGGUGAGAAUCUCAUGA